GUUACCAAGGACUCGCUGCAUGAUGUUUGAUCUUAUGAGCCUUAAAUGCAUUGAUUAGUUUACUUCCAGUCUAAUAGUUAUGUAAACACAAGCCUUAUUUGUUAUCAAACACGUUAAAUUUUGCUCACACGACGAUUUGCAAAAAUGGAUGGGAAGAGUGAAAGUUCAGGCGGUACAGACGAAAAUGCCAAUAAAAAUGAUGACAGCAAGAAGACAAAGAAAUCAAGGCAGCCUUUAAAGUCACCAAAGGUUGUAUAUGCUUCAUCACAAGCUCAGGCAAGUCGAAAGAUAACAGUAUCUAUGGAAGCUGCAAAAGAUAUGAUAAAGCAAAUGAGAAGCUUGAAAAGUGACCGAAGGACCACUAUGGAUGCAAGACAUAUGUAUAUUCUUUCCAGACUUGCAGACUCAAUACCUUUAGAUCAGUCAGUUGUUGAGGACUUCCUUUUGGGGGAUGAAAAUUAUGAUGUAAUGACAAACUUCUUUGAACCAAAUGGCAACAGAAGUCUCUCGUUUUAUUAUCAAGAGGUUCCUGGUCUUCACCGUUCGGAUCUGUCCCCGCACAUUCAAGCUAUGCCGAAGAAACUUGUAAUUGGUACUAGUUCAGCCGAGGCACUCACUGGAGUCUGUUACAUCUUUUUGCGAAACUCAAACAGCAAACCUGUGACUACGCAGUCAGUCGCCCAGGAUGUGAAUUUCAUGAUGAUGGACUGCUCCAAUGGCAAACUUCUUGAAGGACUCGAAUCAGUUUUUCAGAGCAUAUUUGUCCCAUCUCUGAGCGCCUGCAAGGACUGGGGUAAGCUUGCAGAUCAUUCGAAAACAUCAAAUACAGAAUUCGUUGAGUCCCUUGGAAAGUUCGUUGGGAUCCUUUCUACUGCAAGAGAAAACAUGGCUGGAAGGGUUUUGCUAGACGCUGGUGACCUCACAAACACGCUCUCCAAUAUGAGGACUCCGUCAGAAUAUGUUCAAGCAGGGAAUAACUCGGACUUAUUGGAACAGAUUGAAGGCCUUGUAGCAGUCUGGACAAAGCAAAUUGAACAGGUUCUGGCAGAAAGUGAACAGAUGAGGAAAGAGGCAGACGACAUUGGCCCAAGUGCAGAGCUAGACCACUGGCGAAAACGAAUGGCCAAAUUUAACAGCCUGCUGGAUCAAUUGAAGAGCCCACACUGUAAAGCUGCCAUCGGUACAUUAUACGCUGCUCGCUCAAAAAGCCUUCGAUACUGGAGAGAGCUUGACAGCAGGAUUACAGACGCUGCCAAUGAAGCCAAAGAUAAUGUGAAAUAUUUGUACACUCUCGACAAAUUCUUUGUGCCACUUGUAAAGCAUUCACCGACAGAGAUGAUCGAACACAUCCCAAGCUUGAUGAACGCGAUUCGUAUGAUCCACAGCAUCUCGCAGUAUUACAAUACGUCAGAAAGGAUGACGUCACUUUUUGUGAAAAUAACCAAUCAAAUGAUAACCACUUGCAAAUCUUACAUAAACAGAGGCGCCUCCAAGAUCUGGGACAUACCCAGGCCAGUUUUAUCUGAACGUCUUUAUGAGUGCAUAAAAUUAAACGAGGAAUAUCAGAAAUGCUUUCAUAAAACCAAGAACAAGUUGAAAGAAAACCCAAAAGAAAGGCAGUUUGAAUUCAGCGAAAACUACAUAUUUGGAAAGUUUGAUGCCUUUUGUAAACGUCUUGAGAAGUUAAAUGACAUGCUUACAACCAUUGACAAUCUCUCGAAACUACCAGAAGUCAAAAUCGAGGGCAUUGAGCCGAUUGCAAUGAAGUACACAACCAUUGUUUCAACUGUGAAAAAGAAGUCAUACGAUGUACUCGAUCACAGAAAGAGUGAGUUCGAUUCCGACUACGAAGAAUUUCGAUUGAACAUAGAGUCUUUAAAGCAACAGCUGCAAGGCUUUGUAGAUGCCUGGUUUGAUAAAUCUUUGACGACGGCAAGGGCAUUGGAGCUGCUGCAGAAAUUCGAAAGCAUUGCUGGGGUUGAGCUGUAUCUAAAGGAUAAAUAUCAAAAAGUGUUGACCAACUAUGGAAAGGAUCUGGAUCAAGCAAAAAGACUCUACCAGAAGCAGAAAGACAGUCCUCCUCUUCACCGAAAUAUUCCACCUAUAUCAGGUAAAAUUUCCUGGGCUAGGCAGUUAUUCAGAAGAAUAUCGGAGCCAAUGGCAGUUUUCAGGAAUUGCAAAGGCUUACUAAAGGGUGAAGAUGCCAAGAAAAUUGUGAAAGGGUAUAACAAGCUCGCUUCAGUUCUCAUGGAGUUUGAGGUUUUGUAUCAUCGAAGCUGGUACCAAGCAGUGGAAUCGCUAAGGAGUGGAAUGAAUGCAUCAUUACUUGUCAAGCACCCGCAGACCAAGCAAUUGUUCGUCAAUUUUGACCCUCAAGUGCUGGAGUUGAUACAGGAGUCUAAAGCAAUGCUGAGGAUGGGGUUACAGAUCCCGGACUCGGCCAAGGUGCUUUGUCUGAAGGAAGAUCACAUCAAAGCAACACACAUGAAACUAACCGAAAUACUGGAGAAUUACAAUCAAAGAAAAUCUGAAAUCAGUGAAAUUAUAAUGCCGCUGAUGAAGCCGUUUCUUAAUCGCGUUGAUGAGACGAUCAAACCGGGAUUUACCAUGCUCACCUGGUCUUCGCUUAACAUCGAUCCUUAUGUGAAAGACGUUCACGCUGCCUUACUAAGGUUUGAGCAGCUCAGUAAAGAGGUUCAAGAUAUUCUUGAAUGCAGAAUCGAGGCUGUUCUAGAAGAAAUAGGCUCCACGUUGCUUUGCUGGCUGCCUGAUGAAGAGGCUGCCAACCCUGACGAGUUUUACCAGGCUACUGAAAAGGUCUGUAGCCACGAGGCACAGCAGUUGAGCAAUUAUUGCCUGCUGGUUGAAUCUGCAACAGAUGCUCUUAUUGACACACUGAAGCAGCAUUUAAAACCAAAGGAGCUGGAAGAAGUUAAAGAUAACAACUUCCCUUGCUUGAUACCAGAUUCGAACAAAGCUAGAGGCAACAAAGGCAACCGGUGCUUUGAAUGCACCCCAUGCUGCUUUUGGAAUCUUAUAUCUUACUACAACCAAAAGACCAUCGAUUCUUUGGUGAAAUGCACCAGACUCUCUCUCGAUUCACUCAAGCGUCGUAUGCAACCCCCAAGUAAAUAUAACGCCUCAACUGAAUCUGGAAUUCCGUUAAGCUCAGAUUCAAAAUCAGCUUUUUUCAAGGCUGGCAUCAUUCUCUCGAUUCCAUCAAUUGUCAUGAAACCCAGUUUAGAUGACAUCCAGCAAGUUCUCAAUAGAACUGUCCAGACAAUGCUCAAAGUUUGUCAAGAUGUCUACGAAUGGCGACAACAUCAUGUGAUUCAUCAGCUACCCAUUCCGGUGGUGGAGGAAGGCAAGCCUACCCCACCCGCUGCAACCCGGUCUCUGUACAAGAUUGUUUCUGAGCACAAGGAUGUGGUCAAAGUUGUCAUCGUAUUGAGCUCCAUAAUCAGCUCUUCAAAGGUCGAUGCCAAUAAGGUGCUUGAGAAGAUGAAAGAUUUCCAGGAGUUGUGGACGGAGGAACCUGAGGCAAAGGUGAAAGCCUUCCUUGAGAAUAAGCCCUUACUUUCCGAGUUUGAUGCUCAGAUACGGUAUUAUCAAGAGUUGGAAGCCCUAGCAGAUGACCUGCCACCAAGUUACACGUUAGGUGCCGUGACUUACAUGACAGAACCUUUGAAGCGGGCUCUCAUGACAGAGACAGGCGUCUGGAAGCAAGCCUAUGGACGCGCUCUAGCAAAUAAGGCAAGUGCUGACAUGGAAGAAAUAUUCACUUUCAUUGAGAACUUGAGUAAGCGAUUAUCAAGGUCAAUCAAAGACCUGGAUGAUGUGAGAGGAAGCAUGGCUGCUUUAAGUGAAAUUCGCGAGGCAGAGAUAAGGAUUGAUAUGACAAUCACACCAAUAGAGGAGUCGUACGCACUGCUCAACCGCUACGGACUACACUACCCAAGCGCAGAUGCAGAACGAGUUGACGGGCUGACAUACGCUUGGCAAAAGCUGAGAACACAAGCCAGCACCGUUGCAGAGCAUUUGCUGAUUAUUCAACCGGAAUUCAAGACCAACUUGUUGGAUGGCAUCGAUGUCUUUAAAGUUCAGCUGCAAGAGUUUGUUCAAGAUUAUCAGGACAAAGGCCCUGGAGCUGCUGGAAUACCACCUGGGGAAGCAAGUGACAGGCUCAGUAUUUUUCAAGCAAGGUUUGAAGAGCUGUGGAGAAAAUACAUCACUUAUUCAGGUGGGGAGGAGCUUUUUGGACUUAGCAUCACAGACUAUCCGGACUUGCAGCAGAUCAAAAGAGAGCUGGGUCUUUUGCAGAAACUUUACAGUCUUUAUAAUUCGGUCAUCGAAAAUGUCAAUGGCUAUUAUGACAUCCCAUGGGUUGAGGUCAAUAUUGAGAAGAUAAAUUCAGAGCUGCAGGAUUACCAGAACAGAAUAAGAAAACUACCCAAGGCUUUGAAGGAUUGGCAAGCCUUCAUUGACUUGAAAAAGAAAGUUGAUGAUUUCAACGAAUGCUGUCCGUUGUUGGAGAUGAUGGCUCACAGAGCAAUGAAGUCGAGACACUGGGACAGAAUAGCAGACAUCACCAAGCACACAUUUGAUGUUGAAUCGGACGCGUUCUUGCUGAGGAAUCUGAUGGAAGCGCCGCUUCUCGAGUUCAAAGAAGACAUCGAGGACAUUUGCAUCUCAGCUGUGAAGGAGAGGGACAUUGAGGCAAAAUUGAAGACCGUAGUUUCUGAAUGGAACACACAAGAGUUGUCUUUUGCUUUGUUUAAGAACCGCGGCGAGCUGCUUCUCAAGGGCGCUGAUACCUCUGACGUAGUUUCAUUGAUGGAAGACAGUUUAAUGAUUUUAGGAUCCCUUUUGAGUAACAGGUACAAUGCUCCAUUUAAAGCAGACAUCCAAAAAUGGAUUGCAAAUCUUUCUGGAACAACGGAAAUAAUAGAGAACUGGCUGUCAGUCCAAAAUCUAUGGGUUUACCUCGAGGCUGUUUUUGUUGGAGGUGACAUUGCCAAGCAGCUACCGCAAGAGGCCAAGCGCUUUUCCCACAUCGACAAAUCUUGGAUGAAAAUUAUGAAUCGCGCACACGAGAACCCAAACGUUGUUCAGUGUUGUGUUGGUGAUGAAACGUUGAGCCAAUUGUUGCCGCAUUUGUUGGAACAACUUGAGAUUUGUCAAAAGUCUUUAACUGGGUAUCUGGAAAAGAAGCGUCUUGUUUUUCCGCGAUUUUUCUUCAUCUCUGAUCCAGCACUUUUGGAAAUUCUUGGUCAGGCUAGUGACUCCCAUACGAUUCAAGCCCAUUUGCUCGGCGUUUUUGACAAUGUCAAAACUGUGACAUUUGAUGAGAAGCAGUAUGACUUGAUCCUCACUAUCAACUCAAGAGAAAACGAGCAAGUAACCCUGGAGAAGUCGGUCCUUGCUCAGGGUAACGUGGAAGUUUGGCUCGGAAACUUGCUAGAAGAAGCUCGCAAAUCACUCCACGCAGUCAUUCAUCGAGCAGCUUUUGCCAUCAAGGAUUCGUCUUUCAAAUUAAUCGAAUUUCUCGAUACGUUCCAAGCACAGGUUGGCCUUCUUGGCUUACAAAUGAUUUGGACUAGGGACUCAGAAGAUGCACUCACGAAAGCAAAAACAGACAGAAAGAUCAUGCAGCAGACAAACACCUAUUUUCUCGAGCUUUUGAAUCAGCUGAUUGAGGUGACGACACGUGACCUCCUUCCAAUAGAGAGAGUAAAGUAUGAAACACUGGUCACAAUCCACGUUCAUCAACGCGAUAUCUUUGAUGAAUUGUUUCGAAUGCACGUGAAAUCCCCAUCUGACUUCGAAUGGCUGAAGCAGUCAAGGUUUUACUUCAACGAAGACCUCAAUCAUUGCAUUGUAUCAAUUACUGAUGUUGACUUCAUUUACCAAAACGAGUUCCUUGGAUGCACAGAUAGGCUUGUGAUCACCCCGCUUACGGACAGAUGCUACAUAACCCUUGCUCAAGCGUUACACAUGUCUAUGGGUGGAGCGCCUGCGGGGCCUGCCGGCACUGGGAAAACAGAAACAACUAAGGAUAUGGGCAAAGCUCUUGGAAAAUACGUGGUUGUUUUCAAUUGUUCUGAUCAAAUGGAUUAUCGUGGACUUGGGAGAAUCUACAAAGGUUUAGCACAGUCAGGAAGCUGGGGAUGUUUCGACGAAUUUAACCGUAUAGAGUUACCCGUACUGUCAGUGGCUGCGCAGCAAAUAUACAUUGUACUUACAGCUAAGAAGGAGCGAAAAAGACAGUUCAUUUUUACGGAUGGUGAUGUUGUCAGCUUGGAUCCAGAGUUUGGCCUCUUUCUGACCAUGAAUCCGGGAUACGCCGGGCGUCAAGAGCUUCCUGAAAAUUUGAAAAUUCAGUUCCGAACAGUAGCAAUGAUGGUUCCUGACAGGCAGAUCAUCAUGAGAGUUAAACUUGCUGCGUCAGGUUUUAUUCAGAACAUUAAUCUUGCUAGAAAGUUCUUUACGCUGUACAAGCUUUGUGAGGAGCAACUGAGCAAACAGGUGCAUUACGAUUUUGGUUUGAGAAAUAUUUUAUCUGUCCUGAGAACACUGGGUGCGGCUAAACGUGCAAAUGCACAGGACAGUGAAGAAAAAAUCGUAAUGCGAGUCCUGCGUGACAUGAACUUAAGCAAACUUGUCGAUGAAGAUGAGCCGUUGUUCUUGAGCCUCAUCGAAGACCUGUUCCCAGGACUGACUCUAGAAAAAGCGGGUUACCCUGACAUCGAACAGGCGAUCGCUGACUGUGUGCAAGAAGCAAAUUUGAUCAAUCAUCCCCCAUGGAAACUAAAGCUUAUUCAGCUGUAUGAAACCCAACGCGUUCGCCAUGGUAUGAUGACGCUUGGCCCGAGUGGCGCAGGGAAAACUACAUGCAUACACAUUCUCAUGAAGGCAAUGACAGUCUGUGGCAUGCCCCACAGGGAACUCAGGAUGAACCCUAAGGCCAUUACAGCGCCGCAGAUGUUUGGAAGGCUUGAUGUGGCCACCAAUGAUUGGACAGACGGAAUAUUCUCUGCUUUGUGGAGAAAAACGUUAAAAACGAAAAAGGGAGAACACGUGUGGAUAGUUUUAGAUGGACCUGUGGAUGCCAUUUGGAUUGAAAAUCUAAAUUCAGUUUUGGAUGAUAACAAGACGCUAACCCUGGCGAACGGGGAUCGUAUCCCAAUGUCGCCCAACUGCAAGAUCAUUUUUGAGCCUCACAACAUUGACAAUGCGUCACCGGCCACUGUCUCAAGAAACGGAAUGGUUUACAUGAGCUCUUCUGGGCUGAACUACGUACCAAUUUUGGAAGCGUGGCUGAAAGGGAGGCCUGAUAUGCAAGGAGAUGUUUUGAUGCCACUAUUUCAGCAAACAUUCACGGCUAUUAGAACGUUUGUGGCACAGAACCUGAACCCAAAGAUGGAGGUGUUAGAAUGUAAUCAAGUCGCUCAAGCCAUCAACCUUCUAACUGGUUUAAUACCAGGCGAAGACUCUCCAAAGCAGGCAGAUGCCAAGUUUAUCAGCAAAUUGUUUGUAUUUGCACUCAUGUGGAGCACAGGAGCUUUGCUUGAAUUAGACGAUCGAAAAAAGCUCGAAGAAUUUAUACGAGAGAAUUUUGCAAGCUUGGAUCUUCCUCCUUGUAAGGGGCAAGACACCAUAUUUGAAUUCCUCGUGAACGAGGAUGGUCAGUGGGAGCACUGGGAUGAGAGAGUGUCCGAAUACGUCUAUCCUACUGACUCGACUCCAGAAUACUCAUCAAUCUUGGUUCCGAAUGUGGACAAUACAAGAAGUGACUACCUUAUCAAUGCCAUUUCGAAGCAAGGAAAGGCUAUCAUGCUAAUUGGAGAACAAGGAACUGCGAAAACAGUCAUAGUAAAAAAUUAUUGCAAGAAAUAUGAUCCAGAGCUUCACCUUUUCAAAACCAUGAACUUUUCGUCAGCGACCACCCCACUAAUUUUUCAGCGAACAAUAGAGAGCUACGUUGACAAAAGAAUGGGCAACACUUUUGGUCCACCGGCAGGCCGAAAGAUGACAGUCUUCAUUGAUGAUAUUAAUAUGCCAGUGAUCAACGAAUGGGGAGACCAGGUCACCAAUGAAAUUGUGAGGCAAGUGAUGGAAGUGCAGGGAUUCUACAGUCUUGAAAAGCCAGGGGACUUCACAAAUAUUGCUGACAUUCAGUUCAUCGCCGCCAUGAUUCACCCUGGAGGUGGCAGAAACGACAUACCUCAGCGUUUGAAGCGACAGUUCACUGUCAUAAACUGUACAAUACCGUCAAAUGCCUCUAUUGACAAGAUCUUUAGAACAAUAGGCUGCGGGCAUUUUUGCAGCGAGAGAGGCUUUAACCCUGAUGUUAUUCAACUUGUCAAUGAUUUAGUGUCUUGCACAAGAAGCCUUUGGCAAAAGACCAAGGUCAAAAUGUUGCCUACUCCAGCUAAAUUCCAUUACAUAUUCAACUUGAGAGAUCUCAGUCGUAUUUGGCAGGGUAUGCUUGUUGUGGAUUGUGAGGUUAUGACGAGCCAGAAGAUUCUGCUAGAUCUGUGGAAACACGAGUGUACCCGCGUUAUUGCCGACCGCUUCAUUUCAUCAAUUGAUAAAGACUGGUUUGAGAAGACAAUCAAAAUUGUGGUUGAAGAGCUCGAUCAAGAGGUGGCAGCAUCCGUUGCGAUGGAGCCUUUCUUUGUGGAUUUCCUGAGAGAUGCGCCUGAAAUUACUGGCGAUGAACCAGAAGAUGCCGUUAUUGAAGAUCCCAAAAUUUAUGAGCCAAUUGCUGAUUUUGAGUCGUUAAAAGAAAGACUUAAUAUGUUUAUGGGAAUGUACAAUGAAACAACAAGAGGAGCUGGCCUGGACCUUGUGUUUUUUAAGGAUGCAAUGGUUCACCUAGUUAAGGUAUCUAGAAUAAUUCGGACACCAAGAGGCAAUGCACUGCUUGUUGGUGUGGGUGGCUCAGGAAAACAAAGCCUGACCCGAUUGGCUUCGUUUAUUGCUGGCUUCGAAACUUUCCAGAUCACGCUGACAAGGUCAUACAACGUUGGCAAUCUGAUGGAUGAUCUGAAGUUCCUCUACAAAACGGCUGGCCAGAAAGGAAAGGGAAUAACUUUCAUUUUUACAGACAAUGAGAUCAAGGAUGAGGGUUUCCUUGAGUACAUGAACAAUCUACUUGCAUCCGGCGAGGUUUCGAAUCUCUUUGCAAGAGACGAAAUAGAUGAAAUCACCCAAGAGUUGAUUCCAGUGAUGAAAAAAGAGUAUCCUCGCAGACCGCCGACCAACGAGAAUUUGUACGAAUAUUUCAUCACAAGAGUGAAAAACAACCUUCACGUUGUCCUUUGCUUCUCACCGGUUGGUGAGAAAUUCCGGAAUCGGUCGCUAAAAUUCCCCGGGCUGUUCAGUGGUUGCACAAUGGAUUGGUUCAGCCGAUGGCCGAAAGAUGCCCUGGUAGCUGUAGCCCGGCAUUUCCUAUCGUCUUAUGAAAUUGUUUGCACCCCAGAAACAAAAGAGUCAAUAGUGCACACAAUGGGAAUUUUCCACGACGGGGUGGCAGAAGAAUGCUUAAAGUAUUUUGAUCGGUAUCGACGCCAGACUCACGUGACCCCAAAGUCCUACUUGUCAUUCAUUGCUGGUUAUAAAGGCAUUUACAAAGACAAGCACCAGGGCAUUGAGAUUCUUGCAGAGCGCAUGAAUACUGGCCUAGCCAAACUGGUUGAAGCAAGUGCUUCCGUAGCUCAGCUUUCUCAGGAGUUGGCUGUGAAGGAGAAGGAACUCGCCAUUGCUUCCAAAAAGGCUGACGUAGUGCUGCAGGAAGUUACUGCCAGUGCUCAAGCAGCCGAGAAAGUCAAGGCUCAAGUGCAGAAAGUAAAGGACAAAGCUCAGGCCAUUGUUGAUGACAUUGCGGUAGACAAAGUUGCUGCUGAAGCAAAACUAGAGGCUGCCAAGCCAGCUCUUGCUGAAGCAGAAUCUGCCCUUCAGACUAUCAAACCAGCCCACAUCGCAUCCGUACGAAAGCUUCCGAAACCACCUCACCUUAUCAUGAGAGUUAUGGAUGCUGUGCUCAUAUUGUUCAACUUGAGACUGGACCCUGUUGUCAUGGACCCUGAAAAGAACUCUGUCAAGCCGUCAUGGAGCGAGUCGUUAAAACUCAUGAGCCAGACCAGUUUUCUGCCGCAGCUGAUGAACUUUCCAAAAGACUGCAUAAAUGGGGAAACUUGUGAGUUGCUUGCUCCUUAUUUGGAAAUGGAAGACUACAAUCUGGACAGUGCUAAGAAGGUCAGCAGUGACGUUGCUGGAUUGCUGCAAUGGACAAAAGCCAUGUCCUUCUUCUUCGGUGUUAAUAAGGAAGUCUUGCCACUGAAGGCGAAUUUGAUUGUACAAGAGGCUCGACUGAACACAGCCCAAGGAGAGCUGGAGAAGGCACAAAAAGAGCUAGACGCAAAGGAAUCCGAGUUGGCUGUUGUCAGAGAGAAGUUUGACAAUGCCAUGAAGGAAAAGCAGACGUUGCUGGAUGACGCAGAGACUUGUCGCAGAAAGAUGACCAAUGCUACUGCUUUGAUUGAUGGUCUCGGUGGCGAGAAAGUGCGUUGGACUGAACAGAGUAAAAUGUUUGAGCAACAAAUCAACAGAUUAGUUGGUGAUGUUUUGCUUGCUACGGGAUUCUUGUCGUAUUCUGGCCCAUUCAACCAAGAAUUUAGAGACUUGCUUUUAAGCAAUUGGAAAAAGGAGAUGAGAAAAACCAAGAUCCCAUUUUCAGAGGAUCUGAAUUUAACAAAUAUGUUGGCUGAUAAUGCAACGAUAGGCGAAUGGUCUUUGCAAGGUCUCCCCAAUGAUGAGCUUUCUGUUCAAAAUGGAAUAAUCGUCACCCAAGCUGCAAGAUACCCACUCUUAAUUGAUCCACAGGGCCAAGGUAAGGCUUGGAUCAAGAAGAAAGAAGCUAGCAACGAGCUACAGGUGACCGCGCUAAAUCACAAGUACUUCAGAACCCAUCUUGAAGACUGUCUCUCUCUUGGCCGUCCAUUGAUUAUCGAAGAUGUCGGCGAAGAGCUCGAUCCAGCCCUUGACAAUGUCUUAGAAAAGAAUUUCAUCAAAUCUGGCAAAACUUUAAAGGUAAAAAUUGGUGACAAGGAAGUUGAUGUCAUGAAAGGAUUCAAGUUGUAUGUCACCACAAAGCUACCAAACCCUUCGUAUACCCCGGAAGUGAGUGCCAAAACAGCCAUUAUUGAUUUCACUGUCACCAUCAAAGGACUGGAAGACCAGCUACUCGGCAGGGUCAUUCUCAAAGAAAAACAGGAACUUGAAGCAGAGCGAGUGAAGCUGAUGGAGGAGGUCACGGCGAACAAGAGGAAAAUGAAAGACCUGGAGGACAACUUGCUUUACCGACUCACCAGUACUCAAGGCUCUCUAGUUGAUGACGAAUCUUUGAUCGGGGUCCUCAGUGUAACCAAACAGACGUCGGAGGAAGUCAGUGAAAAACUAAUCGUCGCUGCCGAGACUGAGUUAAAAAUCAACACCGCCAGGGAGGAGUACCGGCCAGUUGCAACUAGAGGGAGUAUUCUUUACUUCCUAAUCGUCGAAAUGUCUUACGUCAACAUCAUGUACCAGACUGCAUUGCGGCAAUUCUUGGGCUUGUUUGAUUUGUCAAUGGACCGCUCAGCGAAGUCACCGAUUCCAUCGAAAAGAAUUCAGAACAUUGUUGAUUUCCUUACGUACGAAGUCUUCAAGUACACGACUCGUGGUCUUUACGAGGAGCACAAGUUUCUGUUCACGCUUCUUCUAGCACUAAAAAUUGCUCUGCAAGAAAGGAAAGUGAAACAAGAAGAGUUUCAAGUACUUAUUAAGGGUGGAGCUGCUCUAGAUCUGAAUGCAGUAGAACCAAAGCCGAAAAAAUGGAUUCAAGAUAUGACAUGGCUGAAUCUCGUUGCCCUCAGCAAACUUCCUCAGUUUGGGCAAAUUUUGGACCAGGUGGCUCGCAACGACAAAAACUGGAAAAUAUGGUUUGACAGCGAAACACCAGAAGAAGAGGUUAUCCCUGAUGGUUAUGGAGAUUCUCUAGAUACUUUUAGGAAGCUGCUGCUAAUAAGGUCAUGGUGCCCAGACCGUACUGUCCACCAAGCAAGACGGUAUAUUGCUGAUUCAAUUGGUGUUAGGUAUGCUGAAGGAGUGAUAUUAAGCAUGGAAGGAAUGUGGGAAGAGAGUGACAUGCGCACGCCAAUGAUCUGUCUCCUAUCCAUGGGCUCUGAUCCAACGUCGUCUAUCGAAGCUCUGGCUAAGAGGAAAAACCUCAACUGUCGAGCGAUUUCCAUGGGACAGGGCCAAGAAGUCCAUGCUCGUCGAUUGCUGCAACAGUUCAUGUCGGAAGGUGGAUGGGUCCUUCUUCAAAACUGUCAUCUUGGUCUAAAUUUCAUGGAUGAACUUCUUGAUACGAUCGUCGAUGCAGAGUCUCCUCAUGACAACUUUAGACUGUGGAUGACAACAGAGGUCCACCCCAAGUUCCCGAUCAAUAUGUUACAAAUGUCUAUCAAGUUUACAAAUGAGCCACCGCAAGGUAUAAAAGCCGGACUCAAACGAACUUAUGCUGGUAUAACCCAGGAUCAGCUCGAUAUCAUAAAUUUGCCGCAGUGGAAGCCAAUGCUUUUUGCCGUCGCCUUCCUGCACACCGUUGUUCAAGAAAGACGCAAAUUCGGCCCGCUUGGCUGGAAUAUCCCAUAUGAAUUCAAUUCAUCUGACUUCACAGCAAGUGUCCAGUUUGUGCAAAAUCAUUUAGAUGAUAUGGACAAAAAGGGUGUUUCCUGGACAACCGUCCGCUACAUGCUUGGCGAAGUACAGUAUGGUGGCAGGGUCACUGAUGAUUUCGACAAGCGAUUAUUGAACACUUUUUGUCGAGUCUGGUUCUUGGAAACGAUGUUCAACGACAGCUUCAAGUUCUACCAAGGAUAUUCUAUACCAAAAUGCAAUGCGUUGAACGACUUCAGAAAUCAUAUUGAAGAGCUACCAAUCGUUGAUUCUCCAGAGGCCUUUGGACUGCACCCUAACGCUGAUAUUACCUACCAAACAAAGACUGCAGUAGAUGUGCUUGACACCAUAGUCAACAUUCAGCCUAAGGACAGCACAAGUGGUGGCGGAGAAACGCGUGAAUCCGUUGUUGCAAGGCAAGCAACAGAAAUGCUUGACAAGCUUCCUGACGACUACAUACCUCAUGAGGUUCGUUCGAGACUUUCAAAGAUGGGUGCCUUGAUGCCAAUGAAUAUAUUCUUGAGACAAGAAGUUGAUAGAAUGCAGAGGGUGAUUUCUAUUGUAAGAUCAACGUUGGUCGACUUAAAACUUGCGAUUGACGGCACAAUAAUUAUGAGUGAGAAUUUGAGAGAUGCCUUAGAUAACAUAUUCGACGCACGUGUGCCUGCCCUUUGGAGAAAAAUUUCUUGGGACUCAACAACACUUGGAUUCUGGUUCACCGAGCUGAUCGAGAGGAACGCACAGUUCUCCGCCUGGUUGUUUGAAGGAAGGCCAAAACAUUUUUGGAUGACAGGAUUUUUCAACCCACAGGGAUUUCUGACCGCAAUGAGACAAGAAAUCACGAGAGCCCACAAGGGCUGGGCCUUGGACAGCGUUGUGCUUGCCAAUGAUGUGACCAAAUUCAUGAAAGAAGACGUAACCUCAUCCCCACAGGAAGGUGUUUAUAUCCAUGGCCUAUUUCUCGACGGUGCAGGCUGGGACAGGAGAAAUUGCAAACUAGUCGAGCCUCAGCCGAAGGUUUUGUUCACGCCACUUCCUGUCGUGCACGUGUAUGCUGUAAAUUCAGUGGUGGGCAAAGACCCAAAGUUAUACGAAUGCCCAGUGUAUAAAAAGCCAAGGAGAACAGAUCUGACUUACAUAUUUUGCUUACAGCUGAAGACGAUGCAGCAUCCUGACCACUGGACGCUGAGAGGGGUCGCUUUGCUCUGUGACGUUAAAUAGUUUGAUAAGUAUAUUGAGACACAUAUUUGGUGUUAGCACAAAGUAUUUAGGAUUAUUACUUGCAUAAGAAAAAACAUUUUCUAGCACGGGGGUUUUGUCGUAGUUUAGGGAGAAAGGAUUUUUGUAGACAGUUAUCUUUUCCAAAAUGUUAUUAUAAUUACAGUGUAAUACCUUUCCUAUAUUUGUAAAUAAAUUUUCUUUUAAUUACGUUUAAGACUAUUCAUGCAUAUAUAUAAUGCCACCCAACCAGAGAAUAGCUAGGAAGUAUCUUGUAUAUUGUACAGUAUGUAAUUGAUUUUUUGAACGCCUCGUCAAAACGGAUUUGGGAAACGAUUCCAUAACCCGAAAAACCGGUCAAUUCAAUUAUUCUCAGGCAAGGUUUGACGUGGUUCAUAUCAACUCAUAUGGAAAUACAAAGCAAAUUCACGAAAAAUGGUCUAAUGUACGCCUGCCAUUUUGCUUGCGUCUCAUUUUUUAGCUUUCGACAAUGCAGCAAGUGACGUGCUUGCAGCAGUGAUCCCUGGCUGACUUUGAACCCAUUUCAAGUUUUUGUCCAACAUAUUCAUUGCUUCUUUUUUUAUUCCAAAUUUUUUACGAUUAAUUAAGGUUCGGUUGGUCGCGAUUCGGUUUAUCGAGGUUCACAUAAUCGAUGCAGCACUGUACCCUCUGUCUUAUGGUGGAUUUAGGGGCGUCAGUUCAGCCAGAUGUCACGGUUAUUUUCUUGCCCAUUUGCCGAUAAUUGACAUUUACUAGAUUGAUAUUUCCAUAUGGGCUUGAAGCAAAUAGCAGAGAAGAGACUAGUUUUGAAUAGCACCUGCCAUCUGGCAGAACAUUAAGAGAGAGGCUCUUAACGCUGGAAUGAUAACUCCAACCAAGCACACGUUUACCAUGCGACGUUUAAAUCAAUGUUCACGAACAUUUAAGAAUUCACAAAGAAUUGCUAAUAGAACUAAUAGUUAUAUUCAGUAUGUAUAUUGUCUUUAUACAGUAAAAACAGUUCUAAAUACAGAUCAUUACAGAUGUCUAGAGAUGUUUAUCGUACCAUGGCUAAUGUAGAAUUUGUAUCGUUUGUUAUUUUCCUUGUCGCUUAUAGUUUAUUUAUGGUUUUGAGUGGCAUUAAUAAUGUCUUGGGUAUGUGGUAUGAAAAAAGUGAAAUCCAUGA